CGCGAAAAACGUUCCAGCAGGUGACGACAGAGGGGUUGCAUGAGGAGUGUGAUUCCCAAACUAAACACAGAGGGAGAGGGCACACUCUUGCUAUCACUAGGAUGUGUACGGUCUGAACUGCGUGAACAGGCAAGACAAACAUCACAAGAAUGAUUACCUGGUGAAACAGGCACUGCAAGCACUCAGAAGUCUUUCAGUCCCCUGCGCCACUGAUUUGACCCGUCAUUGGAAGAACACGGCAGAACAUUUUGAUUCUCUUCAGAGGUUCCCUGGAAAACAUGAGCCGGAUGGGGGAGAGCGCCUGAAACGCCGUCUUUGUUUCCGAGGAGCCGACAGAAACAGGGACAGACACGGGAGGAGGAGGAGGUGGUCAGCGUGCUAGCGAGACGGACCAUGUCGUCCAACAGGAACCAGAACCCCCACGGGCUGAAACAGAUUGGGCUGGACCAGAUCUGGGAUGACCUGCGGGCCGGCAUCCAGCAGGUGUACUCGCGGCAGAGCAUGGCCAAGUCGCGCUACAUGGAACUCUACACACAUGUUUAUAAUUACUGCACGAGCGUGCACCAGUCCAACCAGGCCCGCGGGGCCGGCGCCCCGGCCUCCAAGCCCUCCAAGAAGACCCCCACUCCAGGAGGAGCCCAGUUCGUGGGCCUGGAGCUCUAUAAACGACUGAAGGAAUUCCUGAAGAACUACCUGACGGACCUACUCAAGAAUGGGGAAGACCUGAUGGACGAGAGCGUGCUGAAGUUCUACACGCAGCAGUGGGAGGACUACCGCUUCUCCAGUAAAGUGCUCAACGGCAUCUGCGCCUACCUCAACAGACACUGGGUGCGCCGCGAGUGCGACGAGGGCCGGAAAGGCAUCUACGAGAUCUACUCACUUGCCUUGGUGACGUGGAGAGAUUGUUUAUUUAGACCCUUAAACAAGCAGGUGACCAAUGCCGUGCUGAAACUCAUUGAGAAAGAGCGCAAUGGCGAGACCAUCAAUACUCGACUCAUCAGUGGAGUCGUCCAGUCCUAUGUGGAGCUUGGCCUGAAUGAAGACGAUGCCUUUGCGAAGGGCCCCACAUUGUCUGUGUACAAAGAGUACUUUGAGAGCCAGUUCCUGGCAGACACGGAGCGCUUCUACACAAGGGAAAGCACAGAGUUCCUGCAACAGAACCCCGUCACCGAAUACAUGAAAAAGGCGGAGACACGGCUGCUGGAUGAGCAGCGGCGUGUGCAGGUUUACCUCCACGAGAGCACACAGGACGAGCUGGCACGCAAGUGUGAGCAGGUGCUCAUCGAGAAACACCUGGAGAUCUUCCACACAGAGUUCCAGAACCUUCUGGAUGCAGACAAGAAUGAAGAUCUUGGCCGCAUGUACAACCUUGUCUCUCGCAUCACGGAUGGCUUGGGUGAGCUGAAGAAGCUUCUGGAAACGCACAUCCACAACCAGGGCCUCGCUGCCAUAGAGAAGUGUGGGGACGCGGCUCUCAACGACCCCAAAAUGUAUGUGCAAACAAUACUGGACGUGCACAAGAAGUACAACGCCCUGGUCAUGUCAGCUUUCAACAACGAUGCAGGCUUUGUGGCGGCACUGGACAAGGCGUGUGGGAGGUUCAUUAAUAACAAUGCUGUUACCAGGAUGGCACAGUCCUCCAGUAAAUCCCCUGAGCUACUGGCCAGAUACUGUGACUCUCUGCUCAAGAAGAGCUCCAAGAAUCCCGAGGAGGCUGAACUGGAGGACACGUUAAACCAAGUGAUGGUGGUGUUCAAGUACAUCGAGGACAAAGACGUGUUCCAGAAGUUCUACGCUAAGAUGUUGGCCAAGCGACUGGUGCACCAGAACAGUGCGAGUGACGACGCAGAGGCCAGCAUGAUCUCCAAACUGAAGCAAGCAUGUGGUUUUGAGUAUACCUCCAAACUGCAGCGUAUGUUCCAGGACAUCGGAGUCAGCAAAGACCUCAAUGAACAGUUUAAGAAGCAUCUAUCAAACUCCGAGCCGCUAGACUUGGACUUCAGCAUCCAGGUGUUGAGCUCCGGUUCCUGGCCCUUCCAGCAGUCCUGCACUUUUGCUUUACCAUCUGAGCUGGAACGAAGUUACCAAAGAUUCACAGCCUUCUACGCCAGCAGACACAGCGGGCGCAAGCUCACCUGGCUCUACCACCUGUCUAAAGGAGAGCUGGUCACCAACUGCUUCAAGAACAGAUACACCCUGCAGGCCUCCACAUUCCAAAUGGCCAUCCUCCUGCAGUUCAACACAGAGGACAUCUACACAGUGCAGCAGCUCACCGACAGCACACAGAUCAAAACGGACAUUUUGGUGCAAGUUUUGCAAAUCCUUCUGAAGUCGAAAUUGCUGGUCCUAGAUGAUGAGAAUGCCAAUGUGGAUGAAGCGGACUUCAAACCUGACACUGUGAUAAAACUGUUCUUGGGAUACAAGAACAAGAAGUUGCGUGUGAAUAUCAACGUGCCCAUGAAGACCGAGCAGAAGCAGGAACAAGAGACCACCCACAAGAACAUAGAGGAGGACCGCAAACUCCUCAUACAGGCUGCUAUCGUCAGAAUCAUGAAGAUGAGAAAGCUUCUCAAGCAUCAGCAGCUCCUGGCAGAGGUGCUGAACCAACUGUCCUCUCGCUUCAAGCCUCGUGUUCCUGUCAUCAAAAAAUGCAUCGAUAUCUUAAUAGAGAAGGAGUACCUGGAGCGCGUUGAUGGGGAGAAGGAUACCUACAGUUACUUGGCUUAAAUGUUUUAAUUUUUUUUUCUUCAGUUAUUAUAGUUUUCAAGUCAGGAAAAUUCAUUCCUGGCAACUUUUUUUGUUCGAUGUUGCAAGGAAUGUGCGCACAGGAGAGGAAUCUUUAUCUACGGAGGGUUUGCGCUUCAAAUCCUUACUGCUGCUGUUGACGUCCAUGCAGCAGCAGAGCUGGACCUCCCUUUAAGGUAAAGAGGUUUGGGGCCGGGGGUAGAUGCUGCCAGUCUAACCCCCCUACAACCCUCUCCCCCAACCCUCCACACGAACUGCUCAGGACUACCACAAACACAGCGAUCAUCUGUACAUAUGUACAUGGACCCCCCCCCUUAAAGCCCCCCUCACCUUUACAGUCUAAAGCCCAUCUGCUGGGUUGCAUGCUACUGCCUAUCAGUGAAAGGAAAUUUAAGAAGGAAAAAACAGAAAAGAAAGAUGGGUGUCAGCCGCCGCCGAGACUCUUCUCUAUGACAGAUGGCUGCUACGGCUGCACGAGGGGACAUGAGGGAUGGAAUGGUGAAAAUAAAACAUUGUGAAUUGACAGUUUUGCAGCACUUUUGAGUCCGAUGUAGGCCGUUAGAAACCGUAACCUGACUUUGUUACCUGCUCCAAGGAAACCCCAUUUGUAUAGUGUGGUUCAUUUUUUUAAUGUGUUAAAUAAUAAAGAAAACCUUUCUGUA